UACCUUCUUCCUCACGACGGCUUCAGAUCUUACCUCCAUUGCUGCCAGGAGAGGUUCUACCAACUCUUCUACCAAGACUACCACCAUUGCUGGAGGACAAACUUCUUCCACCGUCAGAGGAAUAUACAUCUUCCUCCUCCAAAGUUCAUCAAGAAAUACAACUUCUCCAUCCACCUCCCAGUACUUCUAGCAGAUCUGAAGAAACAGGAUUCUGGGAACAAACCUGGGCAGAUCUGAAGAAACAUUCUGGGGACAAAGAACCUGGAGAUAUGGAUCCAAAAUGUUCUACAGGAGCACUAGAUCUAAAUGAACCAGCAAUUGAAGGUGACAAGGUAAUCGAAGAUGUCAGUUUGUUCCAUGAUUUGCAAAUAGAAGUAACAGGCAGCAUACAAAGGACCUUGAGCAAUCCAGAUGUGACCAAAAGCUCAGAACAUAGCAAGCAUGUGAGUGGAAGCAACACUGGUGCUUCUGCUGACACAAACCCGGAAACUGGUGAAACACUAUCAACUGAUGAUUCCGGCGGUGAUGAAGAUGAGGGUGAAGUCCAGUCAACACCAUGCAGCCAAACUGAAGUUGAAACCCCUUUCAAAGGGAAGAUCUAUGAUUCAUGGGAGGAUGCGAAGAUGCAGUACAACCGAUAUGCUAAGAAGAUUGGGUUUUCCAUCAAAUGCAGUACAUCCAAGGUUUCGAAAAUUGAUGAUCAAAGAGACAAACAGCUAUUUGUUUGCAACAAGAGUGGAAAAAAUAAAGACAUCAAUAAGUUAGAAGCACCACCUGUUAGGCAAAGGAACAGAAAAGCAUCACCAAGAAAACUGAAUGCAAAGCAAGAUUGA